AUGCAUAAAUACAAACUUGUUGCUAAGAAAGGUGAAGGCACGUUCAGCGAGGUACUCAAGGCCCAGUCGCUGAGGACUAAUCGUCACUAUGCUAUUAAGUGCAUGAAGAACACCUUCCAAUCUAUUGAGCAAGUUAACAAUCUACGUGAAAUCCAAGCCCUUCGCCGCCUUGGUGGCCACCGGCAUAUAAUAAAGUUGCAUGAA